GUGAGCCUGUCAGUUCAGCAGUAAACUACAAAACCACUUUAUGAAUUUACUAGCAACCCGCGGUUCAACUUGUACCGUUUAAUGCUUUCGUAACAAUGGUGACAGAACGGUGGUCAACAGCCCCUUUCUUCCUUCUCUUUUCAAUUUCUCUUUCAGGUAUGGACGCUGGUGAUGUAGUUCAAGCUCCCAAAAACAUUCAUAUAAUGCAAGGCCAGAGUGUGAUUUUGAACUGCUCCUUUCGUUUGCAAGGACUGGGUACCUACAGCUGGAGAAGGGACGACAUUCCUAUAGACUUUGACUCACCAAGAUACAAACAAAGAAUUACAAAAGCUGACACUAAUGCUUUCAAGUUGAGGAAAGACGCAUCCAUUCAAAUUAAGAAUAUGACAGAGUGCGAUUCUGGCAGAUAUUUCUGUGAGAUUGAAAUAAUGGGGAAACAGAAGAGUACAGGCAAUGGAACCAUGGUUACCGUGGAACGGCAUGCUUGUGAUAAAGAAAGGCCUUUAAAAGCCUUGCCAUUUGACUGGAUAUGGAUUGCAGUGGCAGGAGGAGUCACGCUGCUGGUCACUCUGUCGCUGCUUGUGGUAAUCAUAAUUCUUGCUCGACGAAACAAAGCAUACGCUUUGCUUGUCAGAGAAUGUUCCUCAUUCGAUUUUGCAAAAGAACAGGAAUUACCACAAAGGAACAAAGUGCGAAAUCCUGCCCAGCAUCAGCGUGAUGAUGCUUACCUUCACUGCCAUGGCAAUGAACCCAAACCAAAGAAAAAACGCCCACAUCCUCCAAGGAGAAACGUGGAGUAGAUCUCUUGUAAUUAAUUUAGUGUCAGACACCUAGCUCAACCAUGUAACCUUAUCGAAAGAAAGUGUAAGAUAAAAAAUGAGCAUAUUACUUCCAACUUUUGGGUUUUGUGCACGAACUAGUUGUUGACCAUUUAUGUACAUGUUGAAUGAAAACUUAACUAUGUGACAUCCCUUCUUUUACAAUUUAACUUUCUUCAGUCUUUGGUAUACUGUUACCAAUAAGCAACUUAUUGUUAACGAUAAUUGAUGCGAAUGAAAAGUUUCAUUCCACAAAAAUACUUCCCAAUAACUGAAUAUUUGGAAAUAUUACCACAUAUAUGUGAUUUAUUUAUUCAAUUUGUUCCAUUUAUUAUUUGUAU